UUAGACAGUCAGAGGAGGAAACCCAGUGUUUCCACUCAAAGGUUAAAGAGGACAUAACACAGCUCCAGAGACUCCUCCAGAGAAGCUCGACUGCCAGCAGUCUGCAGACUUUCUGAUACUGAACCUUCUCUCACUGCCUUUUUCUUAACUAUCAAGUGAAUCCAUCAUGGCGCUGGUGUCUGAGUUUCUGGGUCAGCUGACGCUGUCGUACAGUGGGAGCAGCAUUACAUCACACUACUGGUACUGUACCAUAACACAGGUCUCAGGUGUGGACGAACAGACCAUCAUCGACAUCCUGACGAGACGGAGCUGCGAUCAGCGCAGAGAGAUCGCCUUUGAAUACGAACGAUUUGCCAAGAAGGCUCUGUAUGAAGCCGGAGUGAAGAGGAAGGGAACCGACGUGGUGACCUGGAUCGAAAUCAUGUCCCAGAGAAGCGUCCCCCACCUGCAGAAAGUGUUUGAGAGGUAUAAGAGCUACAGCCCCUACGACAUGAAGGAGAGCAUCAGGAAGGAGGUGAAGGGAGAUCUGGAGAAGUCCUUCCUCACUCUGGUGGAGUGCUUUGAAAACAGGCAGCUGUACUUCGCCAGCAGACUCAAUGAAGCCAUGAAGAGUAAAGGAGCGAAGGAGAAGGUGGUGACCAGGAUCAUCGUUUCUCGCUGUGAAGUCGACCUGAUCAAGAUCAGAACACAGUUCAAGAAGCAUUUCAAGAAGUCGCUGUACCAGACCAUCACUGAGCACACUAAAGGAGACUACCAGAAAGCUCUGCUCAGUCUGUGCGGAGGAGACGACUGAAACUACAUUUCCCAGAGGGCCGCAGG